CGGAGUCAGCCGCACUCAGCGCAGAGGGUAUAGUUAAGCUUCCAGGACCGAGCCGGGAGGAGUGAAUGGGUCAGUGCACUAAUGUAGGAAAAGCGCUCGGUAAAAAUUGUCCCAUCUCCGAGAGAGAGGCACUACACGUCCGUUAUGUUCUGCCGCGGAAGCUGAAUAGUUUUAUAAAGGGAAAAAGUCGGGACACUCCUUCGUUCAAGUUGACUAAAACUCGUCGGUCCGCUGUUUCCGAUCGCCUGUGUGCCUCAGCGUCGGAGAGGAAACUCAGCCAAGCAGGACAACAACUGUUGGAACGAUGCAGGGGCUUUCAGCAACAACUGACCUCCCUCCCUCCUCCCUUCAGUACCAGUGUGGAUCAGUGGAUUUCCGGUGUUCUCCACGGCUAGGAAAACAAGCACCGCCCACUCCCAGACCAUGUCACGACCGACCUGCAGUCAAGCCCCGCCCACAUCCCACAGCCACGCCCAUCUCUCAAAAACCUCAAGUGCCCCCUAAGCCCCCCCAUCUGCUGGCCCUCGGACAGGACAAGAAGCCCAAGAGGAUCCCACCGGCCCCCUCCAGGCCCCUGCCGGCCCCUCCACCACUUCCCAAACCAGGACUCAGCCAGACCCCCCUUGGUCUGGCCACACAGCCCCAGAGAGAAGCCCAGAGCGUGGGACUGCUCAUCGAGAGGUUCGAGAACUCCAGGGUCCCUAUUCUUGGGGUCACUCCGAAGAACCAGCUACACCUCUGCCUAAGUAUGAACACCACGCCAGAAACCACAGCCACCUAUGCCCCUAACCCCACAACACACACCCAUUCAGGGUCAGCAGGACCAAAGGACUCUGGGGAAUCCUCCUCCUCUGAUAAACUUGCACUAUUAGUCUCUGAGCGGACCAACGAGGUCAUGGAGCUGACUGAUCUCUCGUGUCUGGCUGCUCUGCACAUCGACAAUGGCGAGGACAUUCCUCUGCAUUCUAAAGAGGACAACCUUGAUGGUGUUCACAAAGACACAGCCGGUCGCCACGAUGACGCGGAGCGGGAGGAGAGCGUCUCCUCCCACGAACUGCAGGACAAUCCGGACUCACAAUCCUCAGAGCAGAACGGAAUCGGGAAGAUUCCCAACCGGGACAGCGGGAUUGACAGCCCGUCAUGCGCUGUGGAGGGUGAGGUGUUCCCCAACGAGGACGCCAUUGAUGAGGAAGAGCACUAUGACAGCGUCACCGAGACGGAGACUAGCGUGUCCUGCUGCGUUACCCUGGAAAACAAGCGUGACUCCACCCAGGAUGAGGACAGUGACCUUGACGAGGUCAGCAGCGGCGAUACGGACGGAGCAGAGAAGUCCGACGGACACGCGGAAUCGCACAAGUGCUCAGAGACCCAGAAGUUGCUGAACAUCGCCAGGGAGCUUCUUCACACUGAGGAGGCUUAUGUUAAGAGACUUAACCUCCUGGACCAGGUAUUUUGCACUAAGCUGACUGAAGCUGGAAUUCCUCAAGAAGUGAUAACAGGAAUCUUCUCUAACAUUUCCUCCAUCUACUGCUUCCAUCACAAAUUCCUGCUCCCCGAGCUCAAGACACGCAUCACUGGAGAAUGGGACCUAAAUCCCCGAAUUGGAGACAUCCUCCAGAAGCUGGCUCCGUUUAUGAAGAUGUACGGAGAGUAUGUGAAGAACUUUGACCGUUCUAUGGACCUGGUCAACACAUGGAGCCAACGGUCAUCCCAAUUCAAGAGUGUGGUCCAAAACAUACAAAAGCAGGAUGUGUGUGGGAACCUGACUCUCCAGCACCACAUGUUGGAGCCUGUGCAGAGGAUCCCUCGCUAUGAACUCCUGCUUAAGGACUAUCUGAAGAAACUGCCUGACGAUGCACUGGACCGAAAGGACACAGAGAAGGCACUGGAGCUGAUAUCCACAGCAGCCCACCACUCCAAUGCCGCCAUCAGGAAAAUGGAGAAGAUGAACAAACUGCUGGAAGUCUAUGAGAGACUGGGGGGAGAGGAGGACAUUGUGAACCCAGCAAAUGAGCUUAUCAAGGAGGGACACAUCAAGAAGAUGUCUGCCAAGAACGGGACGGCCCAGGACCGCUACCUCUACCUGUUCAACAACAUGGUGCUCUACUGUGUUCCCAAGCUGAGGCUGAUGGGCCAGAAGUUCAGCGUUAGAGAGAAGAUUGACAUCGCUGGAAUGGAGGUCCAGGAGAACGUGAAGCAGAACCUCCCAUACACAUUUGCCAUCAUUGGCAAGCAGCGCUCACUAGAGCUACAGGCCAGGACGGCUGAAGAGAAAGAAGACUGGAUUCAGGUGAUCCUGGCCACCAUAGAGAGACACAAGCAGAACAGUGAAACGUUCAACAAAGCCUUCAACUGCUCCUUCUCCAGGGAGGAAGACCACCAGCCAGAAUCACCGGGUCCUUGGAGUAACUCUUCCAUAGACUCAGACAGUGAAAGGCUUCACGAAAGGAAGAGUUCCAGAAAGAAGGAAAAGGAGACGUGCAAAGGCUGCAGCGAGAGCUUCAACUUCACCAAGCGGAAACACCACUGCAAAGCCUGUGGAGCGUCCAUCUGUGCUAAAUGCUCGAAGAUGAUGGAGAACAAGACGUGUCGAGUGUGUCCUGCGUGCUUCGAGACGGGUGUUGAGGGGCCCGCAGGGACCCCAGGAGAGCUCAAGAGGAGAGCCAUGGUUGAGAAGCAGCUGUCUCUGACAGGGGAGAACUGCCUGCUGUGUGGCCAGCUACAGGUGCAGGAGAAGGGCAAGAGCUGGAUCAAAGCCUGGGUGGCCAUCACCAAGACUGAACCACUGGUGCUCUACCUGCAGACCAGCGGACAGGAGUCUCGUGGAGCACGGGCUAUAUCCAUCCCUGGGUUUAACGUUAGCGCGACAGCGCCCACGGCGACUGAGAAGUCAGAGUUCAAACACACGUUCCGGCUGAGUAACUCCCAGCAGGCCUUUAUGUUCAGUGCCCAGGACCCAGAGGUCCAGGCCAAGUGGCUGGAGCUUCUCUCUAGAGCCAGCCGCGUGGACACAGACACGCCCGUCAGCCUGACGGAGAACAGGAAGAGCCAAUAGGGCGGCACCGCUGACGCCACAGGACCCUCCUCCUUCCCAACCCACGCCCCCUCUCCCGGGGACCAGAGCACACAUAACUUGAAUUCACUUUACCUUGGCACUUUUUCUUUGGUUUUCCUAUAUUUUCUGUGAAGGGAGAGAAGAUUCACUCUAGCCUCCACCAUAUACACACACGCACAGUUUCACACAGACUGGACCUCUUCCUCACUCUCGCUGUCGCUCUCUCACAUCCACACACAAACAAUACGUAGAUACACAUAUACCUUUGUCACCAACUCCACCAUUGUCACAGGUGUGGUUGCCUUUUACUUUCUGUCAGCAUUCUCAGCAGUUCAAGAAGAACAGAAGACUCUCCCUUUGACACUGUUUUGUAUUACGGCCAAAGGCGUUUAUAAGAUGGGUCCUGUAUGAUUUUAUGAAAAAUAUGAAGUUUCUCGUAAAUUGUGCGACUGUGUUGUGAAGCAUUAACCCCUGUCAGUCUGUGUGUUUGUCGCCUCUGUGUUUUAUUCCAGUAUUGAAUGUUAGUGUAUUGAACCCCAUGGACAGAGGCUGACAUCUGAUCCAUGGUGAUUAUGUGGUUGUACAGUGUGAAUACUAUAGUGUUUCUGUAGCUUAAAAGGCUCAAUUUUAACUUAAGAGACGUGAACGAACGCUUGUGGCUGGCCACCUGAUGCUCCUACUGUCAGUCCCCCCUAACUCAUCACACGCUUUUCCCCCAACGGGCUGUGUAACAGUGUUUCAAAAUGGCUUCCUUUCUCAUCCCUCUAUCCUUUGUAAACCACUUAUUUGACUGCAUAGUUAAUUCACUGUGGAUUCAAUGUUCCACUAGUAGAUCGAGUUUGUCCAUUAGCUGAGGAGAGGAAGUCUUUGAAAAAUAUUGAGACAUUACUUACCAGAGAUCUAAGAUCAGCAUUCCCUUCACUGUGUGGGGAACCGAUUUAACACUGACCAUAGAUCAGUGGCUGCCAUUGAGUAGGUUACAGGCCUUUAGUGAUGAAAAAGGCUGUUUUUAGCAUUGACAUCACCAAUAAAGGCAUUCAUUCAUAUCAAUGGGUGGAACUUUUAACUUUAUCCUCCCGGAUGUCAGCUGGGUGAGACUUUACACUUGAUUGGCUGACCCUUCUUGAUAACCUGGUUGGAGCUGUAUCAGACUUUAAGAAGGAUGAGUUUGAAAGGCCCACCCACUUGACUACAUUAAAAUAAUUGGUGCCUUUAAUGUCCAUGCCUUCACAGACUCAAUAAUGGAAUAUAUAUUUAUAUGUAUAUAUAUACUGCAAAGUGUGAAAUUAAAUCAUCACAUCUGUGUUUCUUAGAAUUUGCUUCAAUGCUAGCAAAGUCCCCGAUCAUCCCUCUCCCUUGCUUGGGCAAUUCCAUCUGCUAGCUCUCUGGGAUGUGACUAUGUAAUUCCAUCUGCUAGCACACUGGGAUGUGACUAUGUAAUUCCAUCUGCUAGCACACUGGGAUGUGUCUAUGUAAUUCCAUCUGCUAGCACACUGGGAUGUGACUAUGUAAUUCCAUCUGCUAGCACACUGGGAUGUAAUUAUGUAAUUCCAUCUGCUAGCACACUGGGAUGUGACUAUGUAAUUCCAUCUGCUAGCACACUGGGAUGUGACUAUGUAAUUCCAUCUGCUAGCACACUGGGAUGUGACUAUGUAAUUCCAUCUGCUAGCACACUGGGAUGUGACUAUGUAAUUCCAUCUGCUAGCACACUCGGAUGUGACUAUGUAAUUCCAUCUGCUAGCACACUGGGAUGUGACUAUGUAAAACGUCAUUUGAGGGCAGAGGGGGAGGCCCUGUCUCCAUGUACGCCACUAUACCUUCCCCCAUCCCCUCUCAAUGAACCCCUGCCCCCAAUGAACCCUGCCCCCAGUGCCAUUUGCUACCACUCUCGGUUACUACUUCACCCCCUCUGGUCAUGUGCCAGAAACCUUAGUAAUGACACAAGUACUGUAAGACUGCAUGUCAUGCCUUGCCCCAGUCUACCCCUUAAACCUUCUGGCACCAGCUUGUAAAGAAUCAGGGGACUUUUCAGUCGAUCGUAAUGUGCAUGUAUAAAGUCACUGAUAUUGAUGUACCAUGCUCUAAAUACUCCAGCCAAUCCCCCAGAACUCUCCUCUCUUCUCCUUCUCAUACUGUAAAGUGAGCAGACUCUGUAUUGCGUGUUUUAACCCUGGAUUGUACACAGUGGAGAAGCAGUUAAGCAUAUCAUCAAUAAAAAGACGUAUGGCUCACUCAUUGUCAUAGUGUUCAACAUUCUGAUUCUAGCUUCCUGUCAGUUUGGAUUAAAAAAGCUCUUAUUUCUGUCUCCCAGUUCACUCUCACUCACUCUUUCGCACGCUCUCUUGGUUCACUAUGGCAUGACCUUCUUUCACUCUCUUGGUUCACAUUUGCUUGCACUCUGUCUCACUUCUUUAAUUCACUUUCACUUGCUCUUUUUCCUCUAGAAUAGACAUCAUGUAUUCUGUAAACAAGUUCCUUUUCAACUGCUUGUUUGAGGGCAGGUUUUAAUCAGGUGUAGAUGUUGGAUCUCAUGCUUUUUGUGUAAUACAGAAUAUUUCUAGUUGAUGUGUGAUUUUUAAUGUAUCUGGGUAUAAAGUGAUUAUCGUGAGUGUAAAGUAAUAACAUCCAUCAGAUUUAAAAUGCCAGUAGAGAUUUGAACUUAUCUUUGGAUAGGACACAGAUGGAUUACAAAUGUGUAUGUGUGUUUGUGUUUCAGGUAAGACUUAUUUUGUUUUUAAAUAAAUCUGCUGCCUUGAUA